AUGAACACCAGCGUGCUCUACCCUCCUAACUCCCAGUCGUUAAGCGAUGAAGUCAUCCAAGGUGCCACCCAACGUGUCGAGUUUUCCUGCCACGAUCGAUACAACACUCGCAGGCAUGUCCCCGUUAAGGUGAGACUGAAUUCACCGACUCGGCUCGGCAACAGGCCGCUUCAUGCACGCACUACAGCGGAACUAACGGCCCGUCCACCCCAGCACUCUACUAUCGUUAGGGCCGGCAAAGAUGCGUCGAGCUCGCUGGGCUUUGCUGAGCGCUCAUUGCUACGUCGACGCCAGCAGAGCCGCGAGAACAUGACGCGCUAUCAAAGGAAGAUGUCCGGCCGCGUCUCUGGCAUUCGAUCGCUGCGAGAGGAGACCUACAAGCUUGAGCUGCAGCGGCAGUUGCUCGACUUCGGCAUCUCGACGGCGAGAACCUCGUGGAACGUGGUGUCGGAAUACUUCCGCCUUUUCCGCUCUCACGUCCGGCUUGGGGGCUGCAACUCAUUCAAGACCUUGGAGGCUCUGCACCCACAGCAUUUGCAGGUGCAUCGCUCAUUUCUGGUGGCGACGAUGGCUCCAGACGUGGUCACCUCGUCAGGACGGGGCGUAGAGGCACUACUGGAAGACUACCGACGCAUGUCGCUCUACUUCCCGGAUUUUGAUGUCCAACUUGUCAACUUGGAGAACGGGCUUGGAGACACGUUCAUCGCUACGACCAAAGUCAAGGCCACGAUCUUUGAGAGCACACUUCGAAUGGCGUUCCCCCACUUGGUGAUCGACCAAGAGUUAUGGGCUACUCUGGGCUCCAAGCUACUAGGGAAGCGCCUUGUUAUCCGCUCACAUCGUCUGGGACGGUGA